GAAAGCGAAUUAAACUGUUACGUACGUCAGCGUUGUUACAAUCAUCUUCGAUGGUUUACGUUGUGAACUUUUUCCCUGGGCCCCGAGCCGGGCAUAUAAGUAACACUGACUUAUGAGCUCAGAAAGUUGACUUUUUCCUUAUCCGACCCCUUGUUUGCUUUACUAAUAUUGGGUUCUUCAGCCCACGGGCUCCUUACUUCUGUCAGCCCGUUUCACAGCGACCUUUCACAGGUCCACCCUGGUCCAUCACAAGCACUGCCUGCUGGUUGGCAGAAUCCGAGACCACCAGCUAUUGCGCAACAAUCUUGAAUCGAUCCUAUAAGCAGGUCCUGUAAUCGACACUCCUGUGUUAUCAAUGCAACCGUCGCCAUCUGCUAUACCCGACUUCUACUAUGCGCUUUUCGCGUUCUACGAACCCGCUUUGACGAUACUUGGGUUCAUAGGGGCAGUGCACGACCCUGAAACAGCACAUAAUUCACAAGCACCAUGGCCAGAGGAUAAUCUCCCACCUGCCAACCUUCCAAAGGCAUCCAUCGUGACUGUGAUCCAACUAGCUCACGUCUGUGCGCUCAUGGGGGUUGUUAACUUCUUCGUAUUAACGGCCAUCCGGAAGCAUCUCUCGACGCAACUCGCUAUACAAGAGAAGAUCAUAUUUGCUCUCAUGACCCCCCUUCUCAUGGGGGACUGCAUGCACCUCUUUGUUACGCUGUGGGCUCUCGGAGAUGAGAGAUGGGAUAUUUCACAGUGGAGUCCAAUGCUUUGGACCACCAUUAUCCUUGGAUUUAGUCUUAUGAUACCUCGGAUCAUGUGGCAUCUUGGAAUUUGGAGAUAUGUUGAUACUCGCGACAGACAAACCGACGUUACUCCAAAUGAAAAGAAAUAGUGCGAGAAGAGAAUUUCAAGGGAAUAUUACAUCUUCAUUUAGAUAUAUAGAGAACUUCUGCGAUACACCUAUCCUACGUUACUGAAGACGUUAGUAUACAGUCCGCAAUAUACCAACUACCACAGCAAUCACGUCAGAAAAUGCUGGCUAGUACGGACUGUUC